AUGUCCUCCGGCACCGAAAUGUUCGAGAAAGAUGACCGCUUCUUCACCAAGCUAGCAGGGAAGGCACAGGGUGGGCCUUCACCUGACCCAGGUUCCGCCGACUCGGACAGUUUCACAGCUGAGGAGCACGAAAUUUUGCUGGCUGCGCUUGAGGAGUGGACGGCCAAGUCCGACGAAGCACCUGCGCAGGCAAAGAUUAGUGGUCGAGUGGCGAAAGAUUUAGCAGAGCUUCGCGAGGAGGACCCGUCACCGGAGCUUGAACAGGCCGUCACGCUCUGGUUGAGGAACGAGACCAAGGUUUCUAAAGUCGCGUGGAAACCCAACUGGCAACCUGGAAAGAAGUGGAACGCCUUCGAUAUUGCAGAGAUUCGACACAAGGCUCAGUAUCUGGCCAAGAUGGACGACCUGUGGUCGGAACAGCUGGCGAAGUUCAAGACUACAAUGCCGAGUGUGGAUCCCUCUGAGUAUCCAGCUUUUCCCGCCAGAGGGAGCAAUCACUGGCUGUCCCUGUACAGUCGGGCCCGGGGUUUAGUUUACCUUAAGCUCGAUAAGGCGGUGAAGGAUGACUACAAGAGAAUUGCCGAGGAGGCUAACAAAACUGGGGCGCCGCCCGACAUUCAGGACCUGCUGAACCCUACCCUUACAAAUGUUGCCAACUACCUAUGGAAAGGCUGGCACGUCAUUUUCAAGAUCGAGUAUGCGAAGUACAAGGCUGAUGGCGGCGUGCGAUUUGGGUGCUGGGACGGGACCACUAUCCGUAGGGUUCCUGGAAUGAAGCCAUUCACAUCAGUCGAUGGAAAUGAGCCCGGGUCCUGCACCUGCUUCAAGAAAUGGGUUACUUACGGAAAUGCUGGAAUAGGUGAAGGGACCAAGGAGACCAUUGCGAAGGCGUCGGCGCCGAAGCGCACCCAGGUGAAGGCAGACGCCGAAGGGUAUCCGAUCAUCCCUGCAACAUUUCGCAACACCAAAGACCUCCAGCGUAUAUGCCUACAGUCUGUGACUAUGGCUCUGGCAUGUGCCUCUAACCGUGAUAAAGUGGAGGUCCCUUGGUCCGAAGUGGCCAAGAAGAAUUCUGCGUUUAUAGAAGGCAAAGAUGCAUUUCCACUCUUCUGCUAUAACGCCGACGAAGGUCGAGUACCAGUUCACCUUAAAGCCCCCUAUGACAUGCGCAUCAAGCCCCUCAAGGUCCUUGUAGACCACUGGCGGGACCAGCAAGCAAAGGGACGUCGGCCUAUCCGAUUCACCAAGGCCUUCCUGGAGGCACUACCUGCAGGGCGAUACAGGCCUCAGCGCCGCUUUGGACAGGAAUACAAGGAUGCUGACGAUGCGCUAACCUUUCUCCCCAAGAAGGCAUCUGCCACGCCACCCCAGGCAUCCGCGGCGUCAACGGCGUCAAAGCCAUCGGCGUCCAACCCCAAAGCAAACCAGGAAAGUGACAAGCGCCCCAUCCCUCGACAUCUCCGACGGCAUCCACGGAACACCUCCAGCACCAGCUCAGGCAGUGAUAACGCGUCAUCAAGCUCUUCAGAUGAAGAGGAUGGCCCAAAUGCUAGUGUUGAGGCUGUCCUCAAGCGUCCAAGGAAGAGGGCUAGGCUUCAGGUGCCUUCUGACCAGUCCUCGGACGAUGAGGACAUUUCCGCAGGUGAGGCUAUUGCAUGUACCACGAUGGCGGCAACUGAUGCUGCCGACUUCAAUGCAGCGCCCAACGACGAUAAGCUGGAGGAGGGGGAUAUCGAGGGUGGUGUUGACGCCAAGCACGUGGAAGUAGACGAUGAGGGAGAAGAAGGCGAGGAAGAAGAAGAGGAAGAAGACGAGGAAGAAGACGAGGAAGAAGACGAGGAAGAAGACGAGGAAGAAGACGAGGACAAAGGUCAGGAACAAUGCGAGGACAAAGGCGAGGAUCACGAGGCUGGACCAGAUGGCUUAACUGGCAAGUUCAUGUCAUAUUCCCUACCUCCCCGUGAUGGCGUAAAUGACGCAUUUUAUACAGAGUCAUCUCACACUGGACCAGGCGGUGCAUGUCCCCGUCCCAAGCUGAUACCUCGGGCAACCAGGACAUCGGCGUCAUCGAACACAUUAUCCACGCCGAUGCUAUCAUCGGCGUCACAGGCCUUGCCACCGAACAGUGGCAUGAAGCCCGGCAGGGGUAAGGGGAAGCCCUCAGUGCCAGUGGGGACCAAGGAUGAACCUUCAAGUGGCGUAAGAACCAGACGCCAGCUGAAAGAGAUCACAAAUACAAUUACAUCACGCAGCGAGCAUCAGACACCAGCAUCAUCGGCCAUCCCCCCAAAAGACGCAAAACAGCACGCCGAUGAUAGUCAGAUGCAGUGCAUGGGAAGUGAUAAGCCUAUAGACUACGUCCAAUAG